AUGGACCUCAAUUCACACUCUUCUCUUCGCUCUUUUUCUCCCACCAAACUUUUUAUUUCUACCUUUACCGCUUUACUUUCUUUAUUUCUCGGUGUUUUCUUUCUCUUCUUUUUGUCCUUCCUUUUCCUUUUGCCACUUUCUUUCUUUUCUUUUUUCCUUUUCCUUUUACCUCUUUCUUUCUCUUCUUUCUUCUUUCCUUUUCUUUUUACCUCUUUCUUUCUCUUCUUUUUGUCUUUCCUUUUCCUUUUACCCUUUUCUUUCUCUUCUUUUUUCUUUCCUUUUCCUUUUACCUCUUUCUUUCUCUUCUUUUUCUUUCCUUUUCCUUUUACCUCUUUCUUUCUUUUCUUUUUGUCUUUCCUUUUCCUUUUACCCUUUUCUUUCUCUUCUUUUUUCUUUCCUUUUCCUUUUACCUCUUUCUUUUCUUUUUGUCUUUCCUUUUCCUUUUACCCCUUUCUUUCUCUUCUUUUUUCUUUCAUUUUCAUUUUAACUCUUUCUUUCUCUUCUUUUUUCUUUCCUUUUCCUUUUACCUCUUUCUUUCUUUUCUUUUUGUCUUUCCUUUUCCUUUUACCCCUUUCUUUCUCUUCUUUUUUCUUUCAUUUUCAUUUUAACUCUUUCUUUCUCUUCUUUUUUCUUUCCUUUUCCUUUUACCUCUUUCUUUCUCUUCUUUUUUUCUUUUUCCUUUUACCCCCUUUCUUUCUCUUCUUUUUGUCUUUCCUUUUCCUUUUACCCCUUUCUUUCUCUUCUUUUUUAUCUCUCUUUCUCUUUCUCUCCUUUGAAUAA